AUGGUCGAGUCUAACAUCGACAACCUUAUCGAGAGAGCAGAGAGAGACGCCAGUCCAGACCGAUUUGGACCUGUAGCGGGAAAUGCAGAGAAAGAAGGAAGACAUGAGUCAAUUGCGCGAACAUCGACGGUAUCAAGUGCCUCUACAUCGUCCUCGGAAGCCUCAGACAUCGAGCGUGAUGCCGCCAUGUCUCGGGUAUCUACGCAACGCGACACUGGCGGUGAGCUCGAGCGCCAUGAGACAGCUCUGAGUCGAAUUCACACGCAGCGAAGCCAGCACUCAGGAACUGUAGGCGCCAGCCUACGCAGUAGAGCGAGCAGGAAACCCCUGCCAGCCUUUGGAGCCGGCAAGGCGUAUCCACCACCGCUUCCGGACCGCGAGGCUUACGUCGUGGAAUUCGAUGGGCAUGACGAUCCACUACAUGCUCAGAAUUGGCCGAUCAAGAAGAAACUUGUAACUGCCGCUAUGCUUGGCUUCACUACACUUACGGCGGCUUUCGGUUCGAGUAUCAUUUCGUCGGCCACCGGAGCCAUUGCGCAGAUCUACGAUGUUGGAUCUGUUGUUGCAACAUUGGCGACUUCGUUGUACGUUCUUGGAUUUGCAACUGGUCCUAUUUUUUGGGCGCCAUUCUCGGAGCUGAAAGGUCGACGAUUACCGCUCGUUAUUGCGUCCUUUGGUUUCUCCAUCUUCAACAUCUCAGUCGCGGUUUCCAAAGAUCUACAGACACUGCUGAUCUGUCGUUUCUUCAGUGGUUUCUUCGGAGCCUGUCCACUGACCUGUGUCGCCGCUGUCUUCUCGGACAUGUUCGACAACCGCACUCGUGGCAUGGCCAUCACCAUCUUCUCAGUGUCGGUAUUCACAGGGCCGUUGAUGGCUCCGUUUAUUGGAGGCUUCAUCGUCAUGUCUGACCUUGGUUACCGCUGGACGGAAUAUAUUGUAUCCUUCAUGGGCUUUUUUUGCUUCGCCUGCAACCUUCUUUUUCUCUCUGAGUCGUACCCACCACAGAUUCUCGUUGCCAAAGCAUCGGAACUCCGCCGCCGGACUAAGAACUGGGGUAUACAUGCCAAGCAAGAAGAAAUCGAGAUCGACUUAAUGGAACUUGUUGAGAAGAACUUUUCGAGGCCGCUCAAGAUGCUGGUUACCGAGCGUAUCGUCCUGCUACUGAGCAUCUACAUGGCUUUCAUCUACGGGCUACUCUACCUCUUCCUUACGGCCUAUCCGUUGGUGUUCCAAGGCGUCCACGGCAUGAACCUUGGUGUCGGAGGCCUCCCGUUCUUCGGCAUGAUCACUGGACAGCUGCUCGCUGGAACGUUGAUCUUCUUGCGCCAGCCUGGAUACCAGAGGAAGCUCGCUGCCAACAACAACGUCCCGAUCCCUGAAUGGCGUCUUCCGGAGGUUAUCGUUGGAGGGGCGUGCUUCUCCGCUGGCUUGUUCUGGUUUGGGUGGUCAGGCUAUAAUCCCAACGUUCACUGGGCGGUACCUGCAGUGAGCGGGUUACUGACAGGUUUCGGUCUCCUCGCCAUUUUCCUCCAGUCGCUCAACUACCUCGUCGAUGCAUAUCUGAUGUUCGCUGCCUCUGCCAUCGCCGCCAACACAUUCCUGCGUAGUUUGUGCGGAGCUGCGUUUCCCCUUUUCGCUAGACAGAUGUUCGAGGGUAUGGGUAUCCAGUGGGCAUCCACUCUGCUUGGCAUUCUGGCUGCGGUGCUGGUUCCUGUCCCAGUGUGGUUUUAUCUGAGAGGUGCGAAGAUCAGGCAGAAGAGUGCUUAUGCACCUACGUUCCCCAAACCAGCAGCUGCAGGAGCUGAGGAGUCAUCACAGGGGUAA